GUUAAAAGUGAAGUAGCAAAACACGAGAAAAAACUCCAGGAAAAAGCCAAGUUGAUCGAAGAGAACACAAAGCGCCCUCCCAAGAAGAUAGGAAAAUAUCGAGUUCCUAAACUUCCAAUAGAUGUGCAAUUAUCAGAGGACUUGUCGGAGUCUCUAAGAACUCUAAAACCAGAAGGCAAUCUAUUCGUAGACAGAAUGACUAGUUUACAACAGAGGAGCAUUAUCGAACCGAGAGUUCCUACCAAGGCCCGGCGCAAAAGACGACGCAAAGCAACCCAUGAUGAUUGA